UGUCGUCCGUCCCCGCCGCCGGCUUGCACCUCGGGGCCGCCCUGCCCUGCCCCUGAGCCGCGGGGAAGCGCCGGUGGCCGGCCCGAUCGCUCGGCUGCCCCCGGCCGCCGUCUCCCCCUCCGUCCUCGAUGUCUCCCCCGCGGCGCGGAGGCCCCUUCGCCGCCUCCCCGCCCUCUUGCUCCUCGACGCCGCCGCAGCCCUCCCGCCCCGCGGUCCGGCGGCGAGAGGCGUCCGGCCUCCCAGUCGUCAGGCCGUCGCUGCCGCCCGUCCCCCCCGGCUGAGGAGCGGCGGAGGCCGCUGGACCACCCGCCACGAUGAAGGUGGAAGCGGGAGACAACUCCAUGAUCAACCUGUCGGUGCAGCAAGUGCUGAGCCUGUGGGCUCACGGCACCGUCCUCCGCAACCUCACCGAGAUGUGGUACUGGGUUUUCCUCUGGGCUCUCUUCUCCUCUCUCUUUGUCCAUGGUGCUGUGGGAGUAUUAAUGUUUGUGAUGCUGCAGAGGCAUAGGCAGGGGAGGCUGAUCUCUGUCAUUGUGGUCAGUAUUGGAUUUCUGAGUUCUAUAACUGGAGCAAUGAUAACCAGUGCUGCAGUAGCUGGGAUUUACAGAGUAGCAGGAAAGAAUAUGGCUCCCUUAGAAGCUCUUGUCUUUGGUGUUGGACAGACAGUACUGACAUUAAUUAUCUCAUUUUCAAGAAUUCUUGCAACGCUUUGAGACUUAUGUAGAAGGGGAAAAAAAAAAAUCAACUGGUUCAAAGAAAUCUUUAAUCUGAAGAGAAGCUUCCCGAAAGUGGAUUCAUCAGCUUACAAACUUGAAUUCUAGUGCAAGAGAAAGGAAGCUAUGUGGAACGUGCACUACAAAUCUAGAGAUUCAGUCAAAUGAACAGACUGUCCUCUAGUGUCUGAACUGUUGUACUUCUGCACAGCGCCUUAUGUGCCUCAGUCAUAGGCAAGGUGCAACCCACACGUGUGAAGUUGAGAUAAAGCACCUUGAAUAGCUGCCAGUCAGGUUAACGCUUGGUGAUGGGAUCAUUGUUCUUAACAGUGUUGUAAUAAAAUAAAGGGACACUCCUGAAAACAGCUGUAUGUGCCAAACUUGGAGUUUAAUUCUUAACUGUUGGCUGGGUAAGCUUUGAAACUGUAAUUAUAGAAGAAUGCUGUGAACAUACACUCUACUUGAAUUCAGGUAAAAUAGCAAGAUAACUGACUUUUGUAUUAGCAGAAU